AUGACAAGUCUAUCGGGCUUAUGCCCCCCACCUUUUAUACAAGAGAGUCUCUACGCGAAUUCAACAGGAUACAUCCCCGGCCGAUUUUGUGAACCUGUUACCGAACAACUCUCGUGCUGUCUACCAUGCCCUCUAGCAGAUUGGAGAUAUCCUAAUGGAGUCGACUCUAAGAUCACCGCAGUCGGAUGGCUCGCUGUUGCGCUACUUCCAUUAACAAUCUUUCUCUUCGUCAGCUAUGCUGUUCUCCCCGUCAAAUUCACGAAUCGAAACUACAUCACCGUCUGUUUCACCUUGUCCUGUGUCUGCCUCCAGAUUCCCUUUAUCAUCCCGCUGGGAACCAAGCCACAACAAUGCAAUGAUCCUAUUACGCCGAAUGAUAUGAACACGGACUGGUCUUGUGCGUUUACAGGUGCUAUCUUGUUGUUCGGCGGUAUCGCUUGUGUUACAUGGAGUCUGUUGCGAACAAUCGCUCUUCACCUCCAGGUCUGUUGGGAGGUGGUUAUCGGUCCUGUUUUCAUGUGGAUCUCCUUCGCGGUGGGAUUAGGUGUGCCUGUGCUUAUCCUCACCUUGAUGUUGGUCUUUACCGGAGUCUCCUAUCGAUUCGGCGGCGUAUGCCACAUCAACAGCAAGAAUAGUCUGCACGAUUACUGGCUUCCGGCCUUGGUAUUUGGUGGAAUGGGACUUGUUCUCCAAUUUGUGACUAUGGGAUACUGCAUUCACGUGUAUAUAAGGGCGCUUUUCGACCCGGCAGAUCCUACAAGCACCUCCAACUCGGGGUUGCCAUCCUAUGCGUCCAGUUCGCGCACAGCUACCGCUCGACAAGCAUACAAGCGCGUGCAGCGAGUGCUCAAACUACAGUGGCGAUCGAUGGCUCUCGUUAUGGUCAUUCUCGCUAAUGUCAUCUACUUGUCCGUCACAUUCUUGCAACUUGAUAGCGAUCUGACUCUCAAUGCCGCCAACCUCGCGAAAGCACAACCGUGGUUGACCUGCCUGGCGACACUCCGAGAUCCUACUAAAUGUGCAUCAGAAGCCUCCGCACUCGGACUUACUGAAGCCGCAUUAGAUGCAGCUUUGGUACUGCUCUGUAUAGCUAGUUUCUGGAACUUCAUCUUCACCGUACGCAUGAAUAUGUUCCAAGGGUGGCUUGAGUUCUGGCAAGGACUCUUUGCCAAGAAUGUCGAAUUCGUCUCAGUCGACGCACGUUCUCGCUUCGGAGAUAAUCGCAACUAUGAGAUGCUCAGCCACCAGAACACAACCAAGACACCUGAGCCGACACCAUUUGAGGUGCGUUCGCCUACUCCUGCGUAUAUGCAUGGUCGUUCAGAUGAGGAUGAUGUCGAUGGAAAGGACAUUGAACUCAGCAAUCACUCGCGGCAAGCCAGUUAUACUCGUCCUACAAUGAGUUUUUCGACACCGCGUCCUCCAACCGCACAGAGGAACCCUACCAACUACACUUGGGAUGCUACUAGCACUUUUGCACGAUCGAAUUCUCAGAUGAGCAAUCAUAACCCUCGAUAUAAAUAA